AAGCUGCGCAGACUGCAGAUAUUUUGGCUCCAAGUCCAGCCCACUCAUGCGCUCUGCCAGCCUGUAACCCGACCCAGGUGUUCCUGCCGCAGCUGGUCCAGACCUGUCAAUCUAUAUACGUCACAGCGUGACCUCUACGUGCCCCGCCCCCACUGAGAUAAAGUGCUUCCGCUAAGAUGGUCGUCGGUGCCUUUCCCAUCGCCAAGCUCCUCUACCUCGGAGUGAGGCAGAUGAGCAAGCCCGUGGCGAACCGGAUAAAAGCCGGGGCCCGGAGGAGCGAGUUCUUUAAAAACUACAUCUGUCUCCCACCAGCGCAACUUUAUCACUGGAUCGAGAUGAGAACGAAGAUGCGGAUCAUGGGCUUUCGGGGCUCCACCGUCAAACCGCUGAAUGAGGAGGCAGCCGCAGAGCUGGGCGCAGAGCUGCUGGGGGAGGCCAUCAUCUUCCUCAUCGGUGGCGGUUGCAUGGUGUUGGAGUACAGCAGGCAGGCUGCUAACUCUCGCCGCAAGGAGGAGGAGCUAAACGAGACCAUGAUCAGUCUACAGACUCAAAUAGGGGAGUUAACACUAAUAACAGAGACUUUAGAUGCUCAGCUGAGGGAAGUUAACAGGCUGGUUCUCUCCCUUCCUGCCCCUGCUCCCACAAAAAAGUGAUUAGAGUCGCCGCUUUACAUACUGUUGAUCUGUGUGUGUUGAAAGAAUGAAACUGUAGGCUAUUAGCUUGACUCACUGGGUUUCAGUGCACUUGUGGAGUUUUAACCAGUCAUUUGCUCACUUUGAGCUAGUAGUUUUAAAAGCAUCACUAUGAUAUUCAUAGGGAUUCUAUCUGGUUGACUUUGCAUUCGACAUUGGGUGUACAGCGCUGUGUAAAGGUAAUAUAUUUUGUGACAUUAGCAUAUUUCUUCAUCUUUUUAAUCCAGUGAUGCAGUCGGAAUGCUGUAAAUAUUCAUUUGCAGUUAAAAGUUGGAAAAACCAUAACUACGCAUAACAUUUCACAAAGUUAUCUUUAAAAAUGAACCUGUCUGUAAAGUUUCUUGUAUUGUAAUUUUCUUUUUCUGUCAUGUAAAACAAAAACUGGAUUUAAAAAAAUGGAGUGAGAUGAGCUGCUUUACUAUGUUGUUAAUGUGAUAUGAAGCCAACAGAACAUAAACAAAUGCCAAA